UUUGCGUUUCCUCUUGACAGUUAGGGCCAUGUACUACAUUUGAAAAUUCGAAGUAACAGAUUUUAAUGGCCGCUGGAAGGUCGUGAGGGAGCGAGUUGUCGUGAAACCAGCGGCUUCGAGCUCGCGUUUCGUGUGUGUCUCGUCUCAAAGGGCGGCUCGGCCGCCUCUUCGAGUAAUCCCGCCGAUCGUGUCGGACUUGGAUUCAUGCUCGUUGUCGUCUUGCUAGGCAAGUUAAUCAAUCAUGGAACAAGACACUGAGUAUGUGAAAUUGCCUUUGGAGGAACGCUGUACACACAAAUCUUGGCGAGCACGUUUGCACGGAUACGAGGAAUGCGUGAAGACAUUCCAGUGCAUGGACGAUGAAAAGUCCCCAGAGUGGAACAAGUAUGUGGGCCUCAUCAAGAAGUUCGUGUUGGAUAGCAACGCGGCCGCGCAGGAGAAGGGCUUGGAAGCGACCCUGGCCUUCGUAGAAAACGCUGCAGUAGCUGGAAAGAUAGUGGCCGAGAUAAUGAACGGCAUCGUGUCCAAGUGCAUCGCUGCGCCUAAGGCUAAAACGAAGGACCUGGCCGUACAGAUCACAUUGAUGUACAUCGAGAUCGAGAAGUAUGAGGCGGUACAGGAGGAGCUGCUGAAAGGCACUGAUGCGAAGAAUCCAAAAAUUGUCUCUGCGUGCAUCGCUACCGUGACACUGGCGCUCAAGGAAUUUGGGCCAAAAGUGAUCAAUCUGAAGCCAUUAAUGAAAAAGAUUGGAAACUUCCUCGAAGAUAGGGACAAGACGGUGCGAGAGGAGGGCAAGGCUAUGGUGGUAGAGAUGUAUCGGUGGGUGGGCGAUCGUUUGAAGCAGCAGCUGAAUACGUUGAAGCCGGUGCACAUCACCGAGCUUGAGGCAGAGUUUAACAAUCUCGGUGAUGAGAAAGUGACGCCCACGCGUUACCUACGUUCCCAGAAGCCGAAGAAUAUGGGCAACAAUGCGGACUUAGCAGCAGGAAGCGAUAUUAAUGGCGAGGAUGACAACGAAGACGUAGAUGGUGCUUCUAUCCCGGAUAUAGAUCCUUACGAUUUAUUAGCGCCUGUAGACAUUCUGUCGAAGCUGCCAAAAGACUUCUACGAGAAGCUCGAGGCAAAGAAAUGGCAGGAACGAAAGGAGACUCUGGAAGCGCUGGAAACACUCGUUAAAAAUCCAAAACUAGAAAACGGAGAUUAUGGCGAUGUUGUGAGAGUCUUGAAGAAGAUUAUCUCCAAAGACAGCAACGUAGUGGUGGUCGCACUAGCGGGAAAGUGCCUGGCUGGCCUGGCCACAGGCUUGAAGAAACGAUUUCAGCCAUACGCUGCUGCCUGUCUGCCCACCGUAUUGGAAAAAUUCCGUGAGAAGAAGCAGUCGGUGGUGCUCGCGUUGCGGGAACUCGCCGACGCCAUCUACGAGAGCAUCAGUAUCGAUCUCAUCCUCGAGGACACUCUGGCCGCCCUGGAGAAUAAGAAUCCGGCUGUGAAGGCUGAGACGGCCGCUUUCCUGGCCCGAUGUUUCGCGCGCACCCCACCGGCCAAUCUCAAUAAAAAGCUGCUUAAAUCGUACACCAGCACGUUGCUGAAAACGCUAAACGAGCCGGAUCCAACGGUGCGCGAUAACUCGGCGGAAGCUCUUGGUACGGCGAUGAAAUUGAUCGGAGAGAAGGCAAUGAUGCCGUUCCUCACGGACAUCGACAAUCUGAAGAUGACCAAGAUCAAGGAGUGCGCCGACAAGGCGGUGAUAGUAGUCAAAGUGACGGGCAGCACGAAGCGACAGGAACGACCCAACACCGCUCCGGCUAAGGUGGAGUCGCAGCAAGCGAAUAAAGCGAGCAAGGACAAUUUGAAGAAUGCCAAACCCAAAAGACCCAAUACCGCGACCGUGAAGAAGUCGGCCAAGAAACCCGGUGGCGCCUCGUCGCUCACAAAUUUGGCAUCCACGAAGAAAGCGGUGCAAAUGGAAAGAAAUUACAGCCCGGAGGAAAUUGACGAGAUGGCGGCGCAGCUCUUGCCGGUCGAAGUGAUCACCGGUCUUGUGGACAGUAACUGGAAAACGCGUCUGGCUGCAGUUACACAGCUAUUGGAGACCAUCAAGAUGAUGGAUUCGACAGAGGUGCCGGCCCAGGUGAUCGUGCGCACUCUCGCAAAGAAGCCUGGAUUCAAGGACACGAAUUUCCAAGUAUUGAAGUUGCGCGUGGAAAUCGUCAAAUAUCUGGCGGAGAAUCAUCCCUUUACUGCCACCGUUGCUGAAUACUGUCUUAUGGAUAUCACGGAAAAAUUAGCGGAUGGGAAGAAUAGUUUGAUCGCUACCGAGACCUUGUUAGCAAUCGCUGAAGCUACAAGCUUCGAGUAUGUGGCGGAUGAAAUAGUAGCGUUUGCGUUUAAUCAGAAAAACCCGAAAGUGCAGCAGGAGACACUACUAUGGCUGUGCCGUGGACUCACAGAGUUUGGUUGUACUUUCAACAUCAAGUCCAUUAUCGAGAAUAUCAAGAAGGCAGUAGCGGCGACAAAUCCCAGCAUACGCACCGCUGCAGUUACCCUGUUGGGUACUUUGUAUCUUUAUAUGGGCAGACCACUAUUGACGUUCUUUGAUAAUGAAAAAGCCGCUCUGCGACAGCAGAUUGAGCAAGAGUGCGAGAGGCGUAACGGCGAAACGCCGCCGACGCCCAUUCGCGGCGCAAAGGCUAGGAAGCUAAACACCGCCACCGCCGAGGAUGAGGACGAGGACGCAGAAGAAUCAUCAUCGGAAAAGAGAGUAAGCGGCAGCGAACCAGACCUCAAUGAAUUGAUUCCGCGCGUCGACAUCAAUGCCCAGAUCACCGAAGCAUUAUUAGCCGAAUUGGCCGACAAGAAUUGGAAAGUGCGUAACGAGGCGCUGCAGAAGGUGAACGCUCUCCUCAGUGAAGCGAAGUUUAUCAAACCGACUAUCGGUGAUUUACCACAAGGACUGGCUCUGCGUCUCGUGGAUAGCAAUAGCAAGAUUGCGCAAGCAACCUUGGGUAUAUGUGAGAUGUUGGCGACGGCGAUUGGACCGCCAGUGAAACAGCACGUUCGCAUUCUGUUUCCCGGAUUUUUGCAGUGUCUAGGUGAUAGCAAAAAUUGGAUUAGAACGGCCGCGAUCUCCUGCAUCAACACAUGGGGAGAUCAAUGUGGCUGUAAAGAGUUCUUCGAUGGUGAGAUUAUAGGAGACGCUCUGAAAGUGGGCUCACCGAUGCUGCGAGCUGAGCUAUGGAACUGGCUGGCGCAGAAAUUACCCUUGAUACCGGUGAAACAGAUUCCCAAGGAGGAACUUCUUGUGUGUCUUCCCUACUUGUAUACUAAUCUGGAGGACCGUAAUUCGGACGUACGAAAGAACGCUCAGGAAGCUGUUCUUGGAUUUAUGAUUCAUCUCUCUUACGAGGCUAUGGUGAGAAACACCGAAAAACUGAAGCCAGGGUCACGGACGGUAGUAAUUGCCGCACUGGACAAAGCUCGUCCCAGUUUACCUAUAAAGCCUUUGCCCAAGAAAGAACCUUCAGAUGACAAUAUCCAAAAGGGUGGCGCGAAAGGUGCAAAAGUUGCAAAAGUGGUUAAAUCGAAGGGCGCGUCAUCGAAACCAGGCAGUGCUCGUAAGAAAGAUGACGAUGUAGAUAAUAGUCCUCUGCUGGUGGUCAAUAAUUUGAAGCAUCAACGUGUGAUUGAUGAGCAAAAGUUGAAAGUGCUUAAAUGGAACUUUACUACGCCUAGAGAAGAAUUUGUCGAGCUUCUGAAGGAUCUUAUGACUGCAGCGAAUGUCAACAAGACUCUAAGAGCAAACAUGUUCCAUUCCGAUUUCCGAUAUCAUUUAAAGGCUAUCGAAGCUCUUACUGAGGAUUUGUCUGGGAAUAACAAAGCAUUGGUGUCUAAUUUGGAUCUCAUUCUUAAAUGGUUGACAUUACGAUUUUUCGAUACUAAUCCUUCGGUGCUUUUGAAAGGAUUGGAUUACUUACAAUUGGUCUUUAACAAGUUAAUUGAAGAUCAAUAUCACAUGCUGGAAACAGAGGCAGCGUCGUUUAUUCCCUAUCUUAUUAUCAAAAUAGGCGAUCCAAAGGAUGCUGUACGUAAUGGCGUGCGAGCUCUAUUUAAACAAAUGGCUCUAGUAUAUCCCGUGAGCAAGUUAUUCUCAUACGUGAUGGAGGGUUUGAAAUCAAAGAAUGCACGACAACGAACAGAAUGCCUGGAUCAAUUAGGCUCGCUAAUUGAGAAUUACGGAGUUUCUGUCUGUCAACCUAGUCCAUCUGCGGCGUUGAAGGAAGUCGCGAAGCAGAUAGCGGAUCGCGACAAUUCCGUACGCAAUGCCGCGUUAAAUUGCAUUGUCCAGGCCUAUUUCCUACAAGGAGAGCGUGUAUUCAAGCUCAUCGGCCAGAUAUCAGAGAAAGACAGGUCUCUGCUAGACGAACGGAUCAAGAGGGCGGCGAAGAAUCGGCCUACAAAGUCCGCGUCCUCUUUGAGACUCUCUACGCCCACGGUCGCGGCUUCCAGUCCGCCGACAGACGAUGUGGAAGCGGACUAUGAAGAGGAACAGGAAGAAAUUCCCGAGUCAAUUGAGCCAGUACCAGAGCUGACAUGUGUUACGAGCACUACUGAUAAUAAUGAGGAUGAGCAAGAGCCUCCUGUGGUCGUACAAUCUGUAUCGUCUUCAAAAUUGGAACAAGAAAUUAUCAACGAUUACGCAACUGACGAAAACAAUCCAAAAACAAAUUCUCCUACUUCGACUCAACUAAAGAUUCCCUCAGGUCCGUUUGGACUAGAUAUGGAAUUUCUGCAGAAGAUCGAAGGUCCAGUAAAAUGUCGUAAUCCGAUACUUGCAGAACCAAGUUUAUCAGAUCUGAACGAGCCUCCAGUGAAUAUGUUGAAUCCGCCCAAGAUACAGAUGAUACCGAUUUCACCACCGAAAAUGUUAGUAUCGAAAUCGUCGUCUCACGUUGUAUCACCUGCUACUACUAGUAGCAAGGAUGAUACACUAGAGCGUAACAUCUUAUCUAUGGCCAGUAUGGACUUGCCCACUGCGAUACAAUCUAUGAAUGCAAUUGAAAAUUUGUUAAAAUCUCAUCAAGCAGUUAGCUUGCAAUGCAAGGAAGAUAAAUUCAUUGGAUCGAUAAACAUGCAACUAAAGUUAUUACAGACGUAUCCGUUACGUCAGGAAAAUGCGGAUGUAUCGAGAGGUUUCAGAAAUACAUUCCUUAUUAUACUCGUGUUUUAUGAUACUGGAUUUCUUGGAAAAAAUGUACCAUUUAUUCACUUAAAAGAAUUGGUAGAUCAAAUGAUAAGCUUGCUGGCGGAGAAUAAACUGGAACAUUUAAACCAGUCUAGUGCCUAUUACAGGGUGAUUAAUAACAUCAUGGUGAAAAUUAUUGACAAUUCCAAUCACACUACUAUCAUAUGUGUAUUGAUCAAGUUGCUUCAUUCUUGCGCCGAAUCGAAUGUUCCCUUAAAAUACGAGGAGCUAGUAAUGAAAUGUUUAUGGAAAAUAGUGAAAACCAUGUCAAAUUGGGCCGCUGAUUUGAAUUAUGAUACGAUACUUUUGGAAGUACAUCAUUUCCUUAAGGAUUAUCCUACUACAUGGUGGAAAAAACGAAAGUCCGAUACUCCGUUACGGACAGUCAAGACAGUUCUUCACAGUAUGACCAGAGUAAAAGGCAGCUCGAUACUUAAUCACUUGACGUUGAUAAACAACACUAACGAAUCCGAGUUACAUGCUUACUUAAUAAGAUUAAUCGCGAGCCUUAAACCGGAUGAGAUUAAUGCCACGAAGGUGAUGCCCAAAUCGAAUAAUGUAACGAGGACGCAGAAACACCUGUCCAAGUCUACACGUCAACAAUUGGCAGAAAUAUUUAAGAAAAUCGGAUCAAAAGAGCACAUGCAGGAAGGCUUAGUACAACUGUACGAUUUCAAACUUCAAUACCCUGAAGCUGAUGUACAACCAUUUCUGGUCAAGUCUCAUCAGUUUUUCCAAGAUUUCAUAGAACAGGGAUUAAGAGAGAUUGAUCAAGCGCGAAAAAGUCAGGACAUUCUGUCGCAAGCUAAUAAUCAAUAUUCUACAGAAACCACCGAGUCUCUGGCAGCGGUUUCCGACGAGAAAGACAUGAUGGACCCAAUGUACAGGCUUGAGAAACUCCGAGCCCUCGAAGCACAAUGUAGAAUGACCUCUUCCCAGUCGAAUCCACCUUGAACGCUCGUGCAUAAAGUAUAUUAAUUAGGUAAGGGACAUGAUACAUAUAUAUACAUAUAUAUAUAUAUAUAUAUAUAUAUAUAUAUAUAUAUUUAUACAUAUGCAUAUGUAAGACGAGAAAUAUUUGUCUGAAAUCUUUAUUCGCGUCUCACUCGAUUCCACCGUAUUUUCCACCGCUGAAUUUUUUCAAUCGAAGCGAAUUGUUUUAUGUAUAAAUGUUUCUCUUUUUUUCGUAUGAGACAGUCUGAUUACUUACUAUAGGUGAAUUAAUGUCACUCAUUCAUUAAUUUGUCGUUAGCAGAUUCGUGCAAACGUAGAAAAAAAACGAUAAUAUAAUUGCGCCGUUAGAUAUAUGUGCUACAUCGAACAUUAUAUAUCGUAAUGAUCCAGCGUCUUAUGUUACGUUUU